GCAACUAGCGGAGUCGAAACUUCGGGGCUUGGAAGUGCGAACUGCGUAUAGAUUUAUGAGCAGGAGAAGAUUUUUACGUUUACAGUAUUCACAUGUAUUGAACUUGUUCGUAAAAUCCACGACAGACGAUACUUCGUGGUUUUUCCUUUACGUGUACCUGUCCAUGCUACUGAAGUAUUAAUUUUUAAAAAUAAGUAUGACAACCGUCUCUCUGAUUUUCCUCAAGUAGUUUUAUUUUAAAUAUCGAUCGAUGUGUCUGUGAUAAGUUGAAGUUCUGUGAUUGUAUUAAUAAUUUAGAAUAUUGACAAUCUUUAAAUCAUGGCGAGGUUAUUUGUUCUUCACUUGGCAAUUGUCAUUUACUACAUCAUAGCAUGGAGAGGAGUGAUUCAAAUACGAUUCGAAAACGUAACUGACAAAAGAUUGUUAAGGCUGGAAUCAUUACGAGGCAGAUUUUUAACAAAUUGGAAUUUUGGAAUGCAAACAGCAAUGUUUUUUGGCUACUUGGUUCAUGACAUUAUCAGAUUAUUUGGCAACACGGUCCAUGAAAGAAGUUCUUUUAAAAAAAAAUUGGACUUUUUCUUUUGUAGUAUAAGUGCUCCGUUGAGCAUUUUUGUUUCAGUAGUAUUUUGGGGAUUAUACCUAUUCAACAGAGAACUAGUAUUUCCUACAAUUAUCGAUAAAAUCAUGCCAUCAUGGGUGAAUCAUGCUCUGCAUACGAUAAUAGUUUUGAACGUUUUAUUACACAUGUACGUUGACAGACAACCGUCACCAACGUUGCGCCAUUCCAUGUACGCGUUUACAGCCAUUAAAUUAUGCUAUUUUAUUUGCUUGUAUGCAACGUACUACGAAAAAGGUAUUUGGGUGUACCCAUUUUUGGAGAAACUCCACGAACCGUUACGGAUUCUGUCGUUGUUGGUAUUAUUCGGGUUUUCACUUCUCUGCGUCACUGCAAUCCAUUACACGAAUAACUGGUUAUAUGGUUUAGUUCGCAAACCAGUUAGUCAACGUGUGCCGGAAAAGAAGAAAAAGUUGGGUUAAACGUAAGUGUGUAUUAUCAAGAAUUACGACUAACGUUUCUCGGAAAAGACGAAGAAAACAAAUUUCAAUUCCAGUGACAGAAGCCUAGCAUUUUUAAUUGUUAAUUUUGAUUUUUUUUUUUAAUGCUGUAUUAUUGUUGAUUCUUAGAUUGUUGAAUGUUUUAAUAAAUAGGUAAUUUGUAAAAUUAAUGUUAAUGGUAAAUAAGGACGAUGACUCGCAUUUUUUUUUUUUUUGUAAAUAGUGAAUUGGCAAAUUUAUCAAGUAUUCAUUUCAUCUUAAUUUAUGUUCCUAUACCUAAAGCUACCAGUUGAAGAGAACGUAAUGAAAUUCUAUAAAUUUUAAUAUCAUCUUUAUGCAUAAAAUUCAUGUAAUUUGCUUACACAACGUUUGUAGUAGGUAGGUACCUAUUGUAACGUUGUAAUUGUAUCAGACGCCCCCAGUUCCUCCGCAUUCAUCAAGUCCAGAUCUUAAUAAUAACUAUAGGCAAUGUGUAAUGAGGUAUCUUUUAUUUCUAUUAGUUGAUAAGUUAUUGUAUUACGAGCAUUGCAUACAGGUGGUGUUUGAUUUUUACUUAGGUAGGUUUUUGUUAUACAUUUUUAUAGGGAGUCUGAGGACGGGAAUUUAUGUUAGUCUAUUUUUAAAAUAUUGGCGCAACGGUUAAUGAAUAUCAACAUUUUAUUAUUUAUUUAUUUAUUUUUUUCAUAAAAUCUUAGAUAAGAUAAUCGUUGAAUUGUUUCGAACGUGGAGCGUGGGUUUAAAAAUAGUUGAGUUGAGUGUACCUAUACCUAUAUACCUCGACCCACACAAUUACACACUUAUUUUAUUGAUACCGGUGUUUAUGCUCCCUAUUUAGAAUUAGGAUAGAGAAAUAUCAACUCGGAAUUUUAAGUAUUCGUAAUAUUUUUGAUAUUAUUGUUUACGUGUAUUUUGAAUUACUCUCAGCAGUCUCAGCUGAACUUUACGUUUUCGUAAUUACAUAAUUCAACCUUCA